AUGGUUCCCUGUGCUCUACAGUAGGACCUUGUUGUUUAUCCAUUCUACAUGUAAUAGUUUGCAUCUACCAACCCCGAAUUCCCAGACCAUCCCUCUCCCUUAGCUUUUUUUUUUUCUUUUUGGCCGCACCCUGCAGCAUUGCAGAACUUCCCCGACCACUGUGCCCCCUGCAGUGGAAGUGCAGAGUCUUAACCACUGGACCACCAGGGAAGCCCUUCCCUUAGCUUUUAAGAGCAGCUGAUCUUAACUCCACUCACCUUCUCUGAACUCAGGCUUGCUGCUGGGAAAGGAAGCUGUAGCACGCGUGUGUGUGAGUUGUGAAGUUUGCACUCUUUCUGUGACUGCUUUCCUGUUCUUUUCUGUUCCUUUUCAAGUUUAUCAAACAUUAUCGAGCACUUUCUAUGGGCUAAGUGUGCUACACUAUCUCAGGGAGCGUGGGCUGUAGUCAGGAAGCCAGGGCAGGUCCAUGUCUGCCUGGAUGCCAAAGGGCUGGGGCAGCACAAGGGCCCUGCUGCGUGUUCCAAGGAGGAAGACCCCUGGCAGUGAGGUCAGGGCAGGUAUCUUGGGGGAAGGAAGGCUCGGCUGGGCCCCGCCUUAGACCUUCAGCUCCAUUAGUGGCAGGUCACCGCAUCCGAUCUCAGCAUUGGUUCCAGAAAGCUCAGGAUAUGGCAGGGGUCUCGGACGCAGUCUGCAGCUAGAGCGGGAGCUGAGCUCUGAGAGCCACAAGUGUUCCCGCUUCUUGGGGGCGCCGAUAACCAGCGUUGUUCACGGCCCGUCUGCUGCCAAAAGGCGGAUGGCUUGAGGUGUUCAGGAGAAUUUCUUCUGGAAGUUCCGAGGAGUGCCUUGGACUCAGUAUUAUGCGACUUGUUUUAUCCUGAACAUUGCACCAGGCUGUGCGUCUUUCAGGAGCAGGGGCGGUGUCUUGUAUAACUGGACUGACAUGUAGUGAACUCUGAUAAGCAGGCCAAGGGUGAAGUCAGGGCCCAGCUGGGACCCUAGUGUUCCCAGACACAGACUCUCUAGAGGGAAACACAAAGCAACUGGCACCAUGUGGAAUCUCCUUCUCUCUUCUCCCUCCGUCUGCUGUUCCAGUUUGCAUCUCUACCCGGACCCUGGCCACUGAGCUGGGUACCACCUUUGCCCUGGAGACAGAAGCAAGAACGAUUUUGUUAACAUAUUCUUGAGGCACCGGAGGAGACGCUAAACCAUCUGAUGAGGGUCGUAGAGCCUGAGAGAGGCAGAUCUUGUACCCCGGAUGUGGUGCCUUUUGCUGAAGCGGGGAGGACUCUCUGUGCCCUUGGACAUGGGGCUGUCUACUCUCAUUGGCACUGCUGUCCUGAUUUUGUGUGGGGCCUGCCUGGGCCUGCGACUCGGAGCCAGGGUCUAAGGCACCCCGUCAUUUCCUGGGAACAGGAAAAACUGGAGAUGCUGGUCUCCGAAGUGGCCCCGCCUCUUGUGAUAAGCAGGAGUGCCUGCUUGUGGGGUGACUCACUCAGAAGUCCCCGUUAGGCACUUGGGAGUCCCUUUCUCCUUUUAUGGUAAUCCGCAGACAGUGGGGAGAAGCCCCCUCCCUGGACACUCUGGGGGUCUCCUGUGUCCCCGGAUGGUGCUGGGGCCGACCACUUUAAUACGCUCUGCACUCGUUGCUAAUGUGUGUUCUGUUGUGUCUCCCACCACCUUUCAACAAGCAGCUCAUGUCCCCUCCCGUCGUGGAACAGGUCACUGGGUAAUAAGCCUUCUAGACAGACCAAGAUUCCACGUUGCCCCGGAAUAGAUCGGACCCCGCAUCUUCCCUGCUUCCCCCACUCCCGGGCAUCAGGUCUCAGACCUCAGGGGCGGGAGGUCACCCGGGCUCACUCGGCUCUGAGUCAGGGCCGCAGGGCCUGAGCAAACGUUGCCAGGCUUCUGCAGAGGGAGGCGAGUCCCCUGCCUGCCUGGGCUGCCACCACUGGGGCCUGGGAUUCCCGUGGGCUUCAGUGGGAGGAAGGGGAGACGCGUCACGGUGCCCCCGCACCCCGAGUUCUGUUAGGGCGAGUGCAGACACGCUGCUGUGAAAAUCAGUGAAACCUCUUCUGUCUGUUGCUACUGUCUCGUGCCCUUGUGGACGCAGAAAGUGACAGGGCCUCUGAAGUUCGCAAAGGCUCUGGUUUCAUGCCUCGGCACGUUCUCGGCAGACAGUGCUUGGGGAGUUUCAGGAGGCGAGAGUGGGGCUGGGCAGGGGCGUCGACGUGGCAGACCCGGGGUUCUCAGGCAGGCACUUGCCUCGGCGGGGAGGGUUCGCUCUGUCUGCAUCCGGCAGAGAAUAAGAGUCCGUGAUGGAAAGCAGCCGAGGUAGUGCUAGUAGCGAUGAGGAUAAUGACACCACCGACACGGAUGGAGCGCCUGCAACGUGCCCGCUACUGUACAGAGUUCCUGCUGACACGCCUCCCAUCCUUGCGGGAACCCUGUGAAUUGGGCACUUUAGCUGCUCCCACCUCACAGGCUGAGCUUCGGACCACCCGGUUAGACCUGGAGCGGAAACUCAAGUUGAAUGAAAACGCCAUCGCCAGGCUCCAAGACAACCAUAAAUCCGUUCUGGUGUCGGUGUCGGAGGUAAAGGCGGUGGCCAAGGAGCAGUUUGGGAAUCUCCUUGCUGCCAUGAGGAAGGCCCAGGGUGACAUGAUGCUUUUCUUGGAGGAGAAGGAACAAGCUGCCCUGGGCCAGGCCAAUGGCAUCAAGACCCACCUGGAGUACAGGAGCGCAGAGAUGGAGAAGACCAGGCAGGAACUGGACAGAAUCGCUGCCAUCGGCAACCCCGUGCUUUUCCUGGAGGAGUACUGCAAGUUCAAGAACAUGAAGGACGAUGCUUUCCCCAGUGUCUACAUUGGACUCAAGGACAAGCUCUCGGGCAUCCGCAAGGUCAUCACGGACUCCACUGCACACCUGAUCCAGUUGCUGCAGAACUACAAGGAGAAGCUCCAGGAGUUCUCCAAGGAAGAGGAGUACGACAUCGGAACUCAGGUGUGUGCCAUCACUGAACACAAACACUGGACCUCAGAACCGGAGCCCAGCACCAGGCAGCAGUUCCUCCUGUAUGCCUGUGACAUUGCCUUCGACCCCGACACGGCACACAGGUACCUCCGGCUGCAGGAGGACAACCGCAAGGUCACCAACACCACGCCCUGGGCGCACCCGUACCCGGGCCUCCCCAGCAGGUUCACACACUGGCGGCAGGUGCUGGCCCAGCAGAGCCUCUACCUGCACAGGUACUACUUCGAGGUGGAGCUCUCCGGGGCGGGCAUCUACGUGGGCCUCACGUGCCAGGGCAUCGACCGCAAGGGCGAGGAACGCAAUGGUUGCAUUUCCGGAAACGACUUCUCCUGGAGCCUCCAGUGGGAUGGCAAGGGGUUCAGGGCCUGGCACAGUGACACGGAGACCCCACUCAGGGCCCGCCCUUGUCAGAGGCUGGGGGUCUAUGUGGACUUCCCCGGAGGCGUCCUCUCCUUCUACGGCAUUGAGCCGGAGGCCAUGACGCUGGUGCACCGUUUCGACUGUAAGUUUUCGGAGCCCGUGUACCCAGCCUUCUGGCUUUCCAAGAAGGACAACGCCAUCCGGAUUGCGGAUCUGGGAGAGGAACCCGAGAAGCCGGCACCGACCCCGGUGGAGCCUGCACCCUAGAUGCCGGGGUCCAGAGCCCAGACCUGUGCUGACACACAGACGGGGUGGCAGCUUGCAUUUUAAGGCUGACUGGGGGGCAGAAUCCCUGCCAGCGGUUGCUGGCUUUAGAAAUCACGUGGGUCACAGGAUGAGGGGAAGGGUCUCUGGCCGCCGUCUUGGGCUCCGUGCGGCACUGUUCCCCACGUUUGCAAUAAUCCUCAGGCCCUAAGUCCCCCUCGCCAUCUUCUCGUGAUGUCCUGUCUGCGCGGGUGAAUGGCGCACUGUGCCCAGAGGUGGUCACCAGGAAUCCUCAGAACCGUCAGAAAGACUGCAGAGGAAUCAGAAUAAAUCGCUAACUUUAUCCCGCUUCCCCCGCAUCCCCGGUACUGUCCUGAGCUCCUCCCGUGCGUCAGCCCUCGUGGCUCUCAUGGCAGCCCCGUGGGGUAGCUGCUCACACCGUCCCCAUUUUGCAGGUGGGGAAGCUGUGGUCCGGUGGGGGUCAGUGAACUUGCUCAGGGUUACGUGGUCACGUGGUGCGUGAGUGGCCGAGCCGGGAUUCAGACCUGGGAGGGCUGACGUUGAACUUCUAACCCCGACCCCACGCUGCCUUGCUCCUUAGACGGUGGGUGUUGUGUGCACGGGAAUAAACCACAUCAUGAACUGCGUUCACAGGAGUAGAGCGUCUUACGGCCUCCGUCGCUUUGCACCCGCACGUCUGACCGGGCCUUGCGGCUGUGCCAUGAUGGAGAGCUCACUACCUCACCUGGAAGCUCACCUGGUUUGGGGACAGUGAGGAUUGCAGGAAUGUCUUAGUGGGGUCCGAGUCCUAUAGUCCCUGUGACCUCAGGCGACGGGGCUCCUUCCUCGCUCCUGGAGCCACCCGGACGGUGUGGACGCGUCUGAUUCCUCAUUCAAGGGCAGUUCUCCACGUGUUUGGGGGCAGCUCUCACACCGUCCCCCCCGGGAAUUAUUCUUGGCUUCUCACUCUAUCUCCCACUUUCCUUUGUGGUUUCCGGACCUUCUACUCCUCUGAUCACAUCCCCCUCCUUUCUUCAGACGCGCUCCCUAAGAUUAAUGAUAUACAUUCAUCAAACCUUUAGGCAAAUGACAAACUGUAUUUAAAUGGGUUUCUGAGGACAUAACCUGAGGCCCCUUUCGGGAUUCCCUGGAAAUAUAACUUCUGGGUCUUUUCCGUGACCUGUGUCAAGUCAAGUCCCUUCCUCUUUGGCCAGUCUGACGGUCCUGUGUCAAGAGUACUUCACUUCAGCGUCACUCGACUCGUUUCCAGAGACCCUGCCCUACAUUUGAAUUCUAGGAUUUAUAUAGUAUAGGAUUUGAAUUUUUUAAUUGAAUUUAAAAGCUUUGAAUUUUAUUGACCUUGAAAAUAUUAAAAAAAAUUUUAUUGGUG